AUGUUGACAAUCCAAGCUUUAUCCAUUCUCCAUAAGCCUCACUUCAUCCAGGAUUUUGAUGAAUUCACCACCAGUCCCACAAAACUUGAUCUAGAUUCCAAUGUCGAAUCACCAAUCCACCAUGACGACAAAGAAGAAAAGUUUGAAGAACAGCCAGAGUUUAGUUUUGCUUCCGCUAAUUCACACGGAACGCUAACAUUUGCUGAUGAGAUCUUUGAUAAUGGUCAAAUCCGACCAUCCUUCCACGACAUUGACCAAAUACCACUGAAGAAGAUCUUCAUUCAACACAAUAGCGAUUUUAAAUUUGAACAAAGUGAUAUUUCAAAAGAACCGCGUAUUGAACAACUACAAAAUACAACAUUGGUGAAGUUGGAUGGUUUAAAUGAGGGGUGCAAUAAGAGCAACUCCACAGGGUUCUCAAAGCUAUGGAGAUUCCGAAGAGACUUGAAUUUUCGAAGCAACAGUAACAACAAAGACGCUUUUGUUUUGCUGAAUCCUCCAAUGUUUGCAAGACCCAACAAGGCGAAGGUAAAAAACGUGAAGGUGAGGAAUACAAAGCAGAAAACAAAGUUGUUGGAUCAUGAGAAGCUUUAUGUGGCGAAUAGAAUGAGGGGUGAAAGAAACAAACGCAGAUCAUUCUUGCCUUAUAAACAAAAUUUGAUUAGGCUAUUUACCAAUGCGAAUAGCCUUAGCAAGAACCUUCAUCCUUUUUGA